CCCGGCCCCGGCCCCAGCCCUUACAUGGACAAAUCUGCCUGCAAGGAAAGGCAGGAAUUUGGGCCCUUGACGUCAGCCGCGGGCAGAGCGCGGCAGCCCGGCAGAGCAGGAGGCAGCGGCCGCCGCUUUCGCUUUUUGUUUCGGGGCCGUCCCGCCGAGCUCGGGGCCGCCGGCCGCCCCUCCCUGCGCCCCAGGGGAGGGUGGGAAAGAAACCCGAAGUCGUGAGUCUGGUGGAGCCCUGCGUGUUUCCAAACGCCCUGCUCUGAGUUCAUCCCACCAGUAAGGCUGUGCAGCGUGAGAACUGCUUGUUGUGGUCAGUUUUCAGUUCUCUCUUGCUCCUGGACCUUGUUCCAAAUUUGAUGUGCUCGAGAGAGAAGCAUGUUAGCAAAGGAGCUUGCCUGAAUGCUGAAUACUUUGUACUGUGUGUGCCUGAAUGCAUGAGCCUUUGGAGGUGAACGUCUUCCCUUGAAACAGCCUCGUGCCAGCCAAGUGCCUUCUCUCUUGGGAAGUCCCUUGGAAGUGCCUGUCUGUACGUCUGACUGGGUGCCUGACAGGGCUGCCUUGCUUCCAGACCUGAAGCAUGUCCCACCCAUCCUGGCUGCCACCCAAGAGUACCAACGAGCCUGUUGGCCACGUUACUGCAAGGAUGGAGACCACACACACCUUUGGGACUCCCAGCAUCUCCGUGUCCACCCAGCAGACCCCAAAGAAGUUUGCACCUGUGGUCGCCCCCAAACCAAAGUACAACCCAUACAAGCAACCAGGAGGGGAUGGGGACUUUCUUCCUCCCCCACCCCCUCCUGUGGAUGACCUUGGGAACAUCACAUCCUCACAAGGUGCCUUUCCCCCCCCACCCCCUCUGGAUGAUGUUACUUACAAUGUGCAGGUGAAUCCUGGUGGCAAGACCCUUGAGGAGAGGCGGUGCAGUUUAGAUGCAGAAAUUGACUCUCUGACCAGCAUCCUGGCCGACCUGGAGAGCAGCUCUCCAUACAAACCUCGGACUCAACAGGGCUCUGGGACCUCAAGCAGUUCCGUUGCCACCACCCCAUCCGUGUCCACUCCUGUCACUGGCCACAAGCGGAUGAUCAUCCCCAACCAGCCUCCCCUCACCGCCACCAAGAAGUCCACUGCCAAGGGCCCGGGGCAGCCAGCGCCCAUCCCGGUCACUCCCGUUGGCACCCUGAAGCCGCAGCCGGUGCCGGCCUCCUACGCCACGGCCUCCACGCCGAGCCGCCCGGCCUUCAACGUGCAGGUGAGGACGGCGCAGCCCAGCCCGCACUACCAGCCGCCCAGCCCGCAGCCCGGGCACUACGGCAGCCUGGGGCCCGGCCAGGCCUACGCCGCUGCGCCGUCCCGCCAGCCCGCCGCCCCUCAGUACGGAGUGCCGCAGCCCCAGGGGCCCGGCUAUGGCUACGGCCCUCCACCCGGCCGGCCUGCCGAGCCUGCCUACGGGUACGCGCCCCCGCAGGGCCGCUACCAGGACCCCUACUACGGGGGCUACGGCGGCAGGAACGGCUCCGAGGCGCCCUACGUGCCGCAGAGCUCCUGGAAGGCCGAGCCGGCGUAUCCUGCGAGUAAUGCCAUGGGCCAGGCUCCCCCUGGGCUCUACCAGCCACCGGGCACAAAGAAGACCUACAUCACUGACCCAGUGCUGGCCCCGCAGCCGCCCGCCCUGCAGCAGAAGAGUGGAUAUCCAAGCUCUGGACCUACAUCAAGCACUCCUGCCUUCAGGCCUGAGGAUGAGCUGGAACAUCUGACCAAGAAAAUGCUGUAUGACAUGGAGAAUCCUCCGUCUGAUGACUACUUUGGACGCUGUGCCCGCUGUGGGGAGAAUGUUGUCGGAGAGGGCACCGGUUGCACAGCCAUGGACCAGGUGUUCCACGUGAAGUGUUUCACCUGCAUAAAAUGCAACAGCAAGCUGAGGGGACAGCCUUUCUACGCCGUGGAGAAGAAAGCCUACUGUGAACCCUGCUACAUUAAUACACUGGAGCAGUGCAGUGUCUGUGCAAAGCCCAUCAUGGAAAGGAUCCUCCGAGCCACUGGGAAGGCCUACCAUCCCCACUGCUUCACCUGUGUGAUGUGCCAUCGCAGCCUGGAUGGGAUCCCCUUCACUGUGGAUGCUGGUGGCAACAUCCACUGCAUUGAGGAUUUCCAUAAGAAAUUUGCCCCGAGGUGUUCUGUGUGUAAGGAGCCCAUCAUGCCAGCCCCGGGACAAGAGGAGACCGUGCGCAUUGUUGCCCUGGAUCGCGACUUCCACGUCCAGUGCUACCGGUGCGAGGACUGUGGUGGCCUCCUGUCUGAAGGGGACAAUCAGGGCUGUUACCCUCUGGACGGGCACAUCCUCUGCAAGACCUGCAACUCCGCUCGGAUCCAGGCUCUGACUGCCAAGGCCAGCACUGAUCUCUGAGUAUCAACUGUGACCCUCCCCAGGAUGCCCAUUGGGGAAUAUUGCACAAGCUUUGCAUGAUUUCUUUCCAGCCUAGGGUCUGAAUCUCUGUUAUUGAAAAAAAGGAAAAAAAAGAAAAAAAAAAAAAAAAAAAAGUAAAACUGGAAGGCCUUGGAACAAGAGGGCAGUUUGAGAGGCCAUGUUCAGACUGCCCAUGACAGGCACCUAAUUUAGACACAACUGUCCAGGAGGGCAGUGAGUCAGAGCAGCUGCUCUCUCUGCAGCUGAUGGAGUUAAGGGUCACAGCACCUCAGUUAUCUGCCUGUAUAAGAAGGUCUGAACAUGGUCCUUGCUAAGCUUCUGUGUUUGAUUCCUGUUUCUUAAGGAGUUUGUGAGGGUAAAGGGGUGAAAGAUGGUUGAGGUAGUUAUUUCUCCCAAGUUAUUUUGAGAACCUGAGCAGCUCUCAUUGAAGUCAUUGGACUUCAAUGUCUGCUGAUAACUUUAAUAGGAUCUGUGUCACCAGCAGAAGUAGCUCCACUGUCCUAGAAGGUGAGAGAGCAUACCCAACAUUACCACAAACAACUGCAGCUGUACUGCAGCUGAGUGUGGGUGUGAUCUUGUAUCCUUGGGACACAGAUUGGUCUUUUCUUAGGCCCUUACUUGUCUCCAUUCCCUUCCAGUUCAAUAGUGUUUUUCUUUUAUUCAUGAAAAUCUACUUAGCUAUUGCAUAAAUUUAUUCAGUAGUGAUGCUUCCAAUUCACAAUGUAUGAGAAAUCACAGAAAGAUGUGAGCUUGCACAAACUACACACACACACUACACACUACACACUACACACACACAACAUGCUUUUGAUUUACCAGAGGCAUAAGCCAGUCAUGUCCUUUGAGAAGAUAUGUAGGGAUGUGGGGCUGGAAACACAUUUCUGAAAUCCCAGUGGUUAAAAAAAGAUAAAAAUGACUACACAGAACUGCAGUGCAAAGCGAUGCUCAGAAAAAUCUUACGCCACCCUCUCACAGAGCCCAUUCUAGUGGGACCACUGGCAGUGUUGGUCUCCGGGCAGAUAUUCAAGCAAUAAAGUCUUUUUCCAUCUCCUGUUAUUGCAGUGGGAGGAUUUUCCUUCAACAGUAGCAGGGAUUGAAUCAGGCUUUGGGAUGAUACACAUUUCUCUGAUGUUAACAUGUGUGAUCUGUAUUUUUCAAUUUAAAAAAUAAGGUCUUGUUUCAACAACAGCAAAAAAAUCAUCCUAAAUACAUGUUCAGUUUUCAUCCUAAGAAAGCUAAAGGUGGUAUUAAACCCUUCACUAUGCCAUUCCAGAAAGCAGGCAAUUUUUUUCCUCUUCCAUUUUCAUCCCAGCCACUUUUAACUUGCCUCUGUGAAAUUCAUGGCAGUAGAGUGCUGGGCCAGCAGCAGCAUUUUCAUCUUCAGUCCAGAAUCAAUAUAUAUCCCAAGGUAAAUAAAACCUGGACACAGAUAAUCCUUUUCUUUCACAUGAUCAUGGAUUUAGGGUUUCUUUGGGUUUUUUUAGUUUGGUUAAUUAAAAACAAAUAAAAAAAUAGAAAUCCAUGGCAUUCUGAGCAGCUAUAAUAGUCUUGUUCAUGAAACCCAUAAUAACUAAGGUGCAAAUUACAUAGUGAGGGAGUAAUUUUCAUAUCACUGAAUUGACAUUAAUAUCUUAUUUGCAGAUGUAAUCAAGGAAAAUAACUUUCUUUGCACUUAAAUUAAGAAGCAGAACUGAAACAGUUGCAGGCUGAUGGACCAUAAAACUGACAAAAUGUAAUUUUACAAGAGUAAGUUACCACAUCUUUCUUUCAUGCAUCCCACUGAAAAACAGUAAGAAUGUAGUGCUUUCCUCUUUGUAUUUCUCUUAUAGAGAAUAAUUAUAUCCACUAAUGCUGAAAAGAAAAAUUAGAUGAGCUUAACUGAUGGGAAACAAAGGAAAAAUUGUGAUGUGAUACUGCAACUCCUGUAAACGGUGCAUUUCUUUUCAGUUUAGCACUAAACUUUCUGGAAGAGCACUGUGAUAUUCAGUAGCUUCAGCUGUCUGUGGUAAAUUCAAAUACAGAAAUACCAGUCUGAAACCUCCGUUCCUUACAUGGUUUAUAUGUUGGCAAACUUCACCAGUGUCAGGGAAGUUUCCCAAAAUUCACAGCUUGAAAUGAAUCCUUCUUUGUAGAAGGGUGGCAUCAUUGAGCAGAAGACUUCCUUCACCACCGUAGGGGCUGUGCUGAAGCAUUUUGACUUUUUAUACUGGAUUUCUAGCCUGGCCUGCAAGAAUGUUACUGCCUUAGACAUAAACAGAAUUUUUGGCACCCUGGCUCCCCCCAGGUUCCGCCUGGGCUUCCUGCUCCCUGAACCAUGGCAUGUAAGGUUCUUCUGAGCUCGCUUCUUGACACGCAGUCUGCACCACCACCAGUUUUAAAUUCUGUGCAAAUCUAGUCUGAACUAACCCUGCAAGGGUGCAGAAUGAGCCGUUCAUCAGGCAGAAAACAUAGCUGUGAUCUUCCUUACUCUUGUGAGUGUUAAUUCAAGUGGCAGAUGAGACUCUCAAGCUGCUGUGCCUUCCAGCAGAAUGUGGCCUAGACUAAGGACUGAGUUCAGCGCCUUUGGGCUUUUUAUGGCCCUGCCUUAGGCUGGACUGGAACAAGUCAUAUGACUCCUUGUCUUCUGCACUCUGCAUGAGAGAGCUUCUUUGCAGUUUCCCAGAGACAUUAUGGAGAUUAAACUAGUCACAGACUAGCACAAACUACUGAUUUUUGGAACUCUAUUUUCUCUUUCCAGAAAAGUGUGCUGGUAUGUAGUCCUGGGAUUCCAGCCCAUUCCAAUGCACAUGGCCAGCCAGGAGAUCCAGCUCUGAAUCCUCUCUGUUAUGAGAGUGCUGUGGCGAGUUGGGCUGGCAUGCAGGGAGGUGAGAGCCAAACUUUUCAGGCAUUAAAUACUUCAUGGAUGAAAUAUGAUUGACAAAGAUUGAACAGUGUUGAUGUUUGAGGUGCUGUGGCUGGUUUCUAGACCUGACACAUCUUUGCAAAGGUAUUAUGAUGGGGUUUUUUUCUCCCCUAGACACCAAAGCCAUCUGCCUGUUGGAAGGAGGGAGUGUCUAAAACCCUCUUCUUUAUUCUGUGUGGUUUUGUUUUCCAAAAUUGCUAUAACUAUAUUUGAAAGAUAUUGUAUCACAGAGGCUCUCAUCACCCACAUGUAUAUGGAAAUCUCUCUGCUGAUGCUUCAGGAUUUAAUAAGAAAUGCUGGUGGGAUUUAUCUCAAUUGCACUGCAAUUAAGAACCACUGGGAUAUGGCUUCAUCACAAUAUUUAUCACAUACUUAUAAUAUAUCAUAUUUAUCUGUUCCAAAGAAGGAGUCUUUUUGCCAAAGAGACGUUGAUUUUCUCAAGUUGGACCCUCUUAGCCAUGACAAAAAUUCACAUCAUCUGUGGCUGUGGUAAUGUCCAAACUGUUCCUUUCAGAAAGAAUUGGAAGAUCACCCCAACAUUUCUGUUCAAGUUUGCAGUUUCUGCUUAUGCUGCUUUGUCUUUGUCUAGCAUUUGUUGGCAAGUCGGGCCUGAUCCCAUGAUUUCUGUGGCCAGACAGGGCCCAGGAUCAGGUUCUAAUUUAGCAAAAUAUUUAUGUCCCUGGGGUUUGUUUAAGUGCAGACUUAAAGCCAUUGCAUGGUGUGACAUAAGCCAUUAAUACCAGACUGGUUCUUUAUCCCUUGAUCAUACAGGUUUGAUCUGGGUAGGAUGUGGGCACAGUUAAAUUUCUAUCAAAUUAUCCAGAAGACAGGAAAUGGCUCCUGUGUCACCCUUAUGCCAACUGUAGGGACACCAGCUGAUCAAAUGCAACAUUUGGAUGACAGGAGGCUGAGUUGUUAAAAGAUGAGUGCUUUGUGUUGGGUGGUUGUGGCACCUUCCAUAUGUCACAAGUAGCCCUACAGCCAGAUUUACUGUAUCUUUGAGCAAUGGCUUUAAAACUGUCUACUUUCUCCAGGAGACUGGGUUGCCUUGGUUACAGCCCAAUCCUUAAGCACAUCCCCAAGGCUAACACUAGUAUUUUGUGAAUGUGAUGGUUUUAUUGUCUCUUAUUUUAUUCAUUGAACAUUGCUUUUAAAAACAGAAAGCCACACCAAUUCUUUAGUCUAUCAGAUUACACACCUUUAAUUUUGGUUUUGGGAGGGGUGUUAAUAUUUUACUUCUUAGAUUUUUAUCAUGGCUGCAAAACACUUGAGUAAUGACUUAAUCAUAGAGGUGUGGGAGUACCAAAGUGUUUGUCACUCUACAUAAUAGUGUUCAUCCUGAUAGCAUGAGCAAGGUUUUAACAAAACACAGGCCUUAAGUUGACUUUCUGCCUAUCAGCAAAAUGUGCCUGAGAAGAAUGAAAAAAAAGUCUUUAAAGAAAUGGUAGUUGUUAAAGAGGAUAUGCAACAAGUCUGUCUGAAAUCUCUUUGGACCUGUUAUGGCUGCUGCCUGGCUUAGGUUUGAUAAAUGCUGAUUCCUUUUGAUUUUGGGAAAGUCUGGAAGGCAAUGAAUAACAGGACCCAAGAGAAGGUUCUUGAGAGAAAUUCCAUGUCAAGGAUAAGUGUUAGACACCUGAUGCUUGAGCUGAGUGGCUCAGAAAGGGUUUGAGUUGCUGACUGGUGUCUAAUGGUGUCUGGUUCCUGCAGUGGGGUCACAGUGGUGAUCUGCUGUUUGUUCAGCAGCCUGGGUGGACAACACCUCACACAGGUUCCAUGCUGCAAGCUGGGGCUAUUGGAGAGGGGUGCUGAACCAUCCCACUGUGGUGAAAUUCCCAUGAGAAAACACCAGCAAUAGUAACUGAGGGUUUGUUGUGGAAGGAGGGCAGGAACUGCUCCAUAACCCAGAGGUUAGUAAAAUACAGACCAGGAGAGCUGUGAGAACACUAUUUCCAGUUAGAGCUGGUUGCAAUUUUUACACUAAAUUAUGUGAUAGCAGAAGGGCAAUUUUUUAAAUGAGAAGUUCUCUCUUUUUACGAUGUUACCCACAACAUUUUUGGGGGUUGUUUUUUGCUGUUAUGAUUAAAAUUAUACUGAAUUUUUAUCUAAAUUAAUUUCAGAAUUGUUAACAAAUAUUUUUAUUUUUCAAAGACCCAUGUCUUCUUUCACAGUUGUUUGCAGUUCUUGGGUUUCUUCUGCUGGUAAAUUAAAGUUUCUGUUGCAAUUUUGAAAACAUUUUUGGAUAAAAAAUUCUACUUAAAACCAAGCAAAUGUUCUUGGGAAAUGGUUCAGUAUUGGACCUGGUGAAAUAAAAAAAGCUUUGAAACUUUUUACAAGAUUUUUUUUUUUCCUAUUUUUGACUAGUUUUGCUAAUUUUGAAGUCACUGUUUCCUUUGUUAGAACAAUCCAAGUAAUGUGACUCUUAAAAUAACAGUGUUACUUCUGUUGGAUUCAUUUUUCUUAUACGUCUUAAAGCCAUAGAGUGGCUGGCUAUAGGGACUGCCAGUGUCUUUUUCUGUGGCAACUACAAUUUUUUUCUUUGUUUUUAUCUUGGGGUCCUUUUCUGUUUGGAUUUUUCCCCUGAAAUUACUGAAGAAUAUAGGCACAUUAUGGUAACUACCAUGAAAAUCCAGAGAUACUGAUUGAAUUUCAUCUCCUUUCUGGGCUUGGGAAUGGCAUUUUUCCUUAAACAUUUCUAGAAAUAUUACCAUUCUCCCUCAGCAUUUCAAGUUUGAAGUUGCAGCAGUUGGUUGCCCAGCUGGCAUUUGGAGCCUGAGAGAGAACAGACUUUACACAUGUGAAAUUGUAACAUUCAUCCAGCAUCUGAAAAUCUAAGAGAAAAAAAGCACAGCCUCAGUAAGUUUCCUGGUGGACACUGAGGAGCAGCUCUCACUUCAGCCUGGAAAUUUUCUGCUGUCUGAAGAAAAGCUAGGUUCCACCCUUGCAGAGCAGUCUGGCAUACACACACACAGGUGUUGGUGGGGCUAUAAGUGAGCAGAAAUACAGGCUGCAGUAUUGACUGUUGCUGCUCACACUGCACUGGGCUUUAGUCCUGACUAUGUGUCCCUUUGGCUUCCUGUAACGUGUGGAAGCACCGGGUUUAUCACGGGUAGCAAGAGCAUCCAGUUAAAACUUUUUAUUUUCUUUUUUUUUUUUUUUAAUUUUGCUAUUUGUCCAGUAUUGUUAUCCUACUUAGAUGUUUUAGAAAAUGAGGAAGGAAACAGAAGCCCCAGUGGUGACAUUGCCUUUACAUUUCCUUUAGAGUCUCUCCCCAGGAACAUCACACUUGGGGUGUCUCUGCUUUCCUGCCUCUGCCUCCCCUUGUCCACAAGCCACUCUCUUACCCACUUUUUCCAUGUCCUCAAUGUGCACUCAUCUUUGCAGUAAAAUGGUUUCUUACUUACUUCACCGAGGUAUUGUGAGUCUUAGCUGGUAGUUGGAAAAACUUGUUCAGAUCUUUAAUCAAGUAGUUUUGUGCGUCCUUAGUAUCAGUGGCCUGCCAUAUGGAUAUCAAAGAAAAUUGUUAUAAUUAUUGCUUUUAAAAUGAUUAUGAAAUUGUGCCUUACUUUUUCAGUCAUAUUUAACCAUGUAAUUUAGAACCACAUGAUUGCAGGGAUUUACCAUGAAGAAAUAUGUUUGAAGGAUAGUUUGUUUUUUAAAUAUUUUUUCCUCAAAAAUUAUUUUAUUAGCUUUUCCUCUUUUAUUUUUUUUUCCUCCAGUUAUAUUCCUUUAAUAUGUUUGCGUAAAAGGGCAGCCAGAAUUUGCAUUCGUGAGAGACAGAAGAUUUUAUUUGGUCUUGUAUGUAGAGCUUUCAUUUUCUUUUAUGUUCCUUCAGGAAAAUUCCUCUCUCCCCAAUUACUCAUACUGAAAUGUCUUUAAAUGCAGGCUGACCAGUAAGGGUUUUUUGUUGCUGUUUAAUUUAGUGUGUGGUUUGCUUUGUGGUUGUGGUUUUUAUUUUAAUUAACCAGAUAUCGGGUGCUGGGGAAGCAUUGCACAUUAAUGCAGAACUUUAAUGCUAAUUUUCACAGAAAAGACAAAAUUAGAGUCUUUCCCCAUCUCCAGUGCAGUUUUGUUACUGUUCUGUGUACAACACUAAUAUUAAGCCAGACUGUAAAGGCUAAAUACUCAGAGUGACCUACUUCCAUUCACCAGCAAGAAUCCUUUGUCAGCUGACUCCUGUUUGUUUGUUCAUUUUUAAAUGUCGGAUUACAGAACAAGCAUCUACUAAAGAUGAAAGAAAACAGUGUUUUCAUGUGCAGGAAAUUUGGGGUUGCAGUAACAGAACAUUUUCUUUGUGAAUUUGGAUGUCAUGGUGUUUUAAGCUCCUGCCUGGAGCCUAAAUCAAUUUGGCCUCUCAUCCAGUUCAUCUAACUGGUGCUCCUAAAAGGCUGCAGCCCUGCAAAAGCUCAUGCAGCAUUUUUGGCUGCCUUCCCUUGCUCCCAUUUGGUACAUAUUUGCACAAUUUAACUGAGCUUUUCUUUCUGCUGAAGGUCAGAUGCAAGCGAUACGAAACAGUAAACUUUAUAAACAAGCAAAACCAUUUCAACCACAGCAUUUUGGACUAGAAUGGAUUUUUAGGUGGCGCACUGUCUGCUGGCCUUUGGAGAGGGGAUCCUGAGACUGCAUUGGACUGGAACAAGAGGCAAAGCCACAAACCUUGUUUUUUUUUAAUAAACUACUUACUGUAAUCCAGCUACACAGUUUCAGCCUCACACUUCAGAAGAAGCUUCCAGUAGCUAUGCACGUACAGGCACUUUCUCUCUUGCAGAAAGUGAAACUUUCCCAACCAGAGUAAAUUUAACCUAUUGCAUAAGAUGCUGGAAGUUGGUUGUUUUUUUUAUUUUCCUUGGGAGUCUCACUGUAACCUCUGUGUGCAGAGGAUGAAUAGCUUUUCUUUUUCCCUCUCUUUAUUUUUUUUCUGACAAGAUUAGAUGCUGCAUAUUGAUGAGCUAGCAUUUCAAAGGUCCGUGGGGCUUUGGAACAUAUUAAGAAUCUCUGAAGUUUAAUAUUCACCAUGUUUUAAAUAUUCAGAAGGAAAAAUCUGCAUAAAAUGGCUUUUGAUAAAUACGUUCUAGAGAUUCUUUUUCUCUCUUACAAAGCAUUGUGGGGAUUGUGGCUGUGCCAGUUUUGUUCCAAAGUGUGUUUUUUUUCAGCAUUUCAGGAUUAUUUUGAUCCCAUUUAUAUGCCCAGUACCAGUUUCUACUGGGACUGUACUGCAGGCAGGUGGAUGUGACCAAGAAAAAGGCUCAGCUGAGCAUUGGAACUCCUGAGUAUCUGCUUGGGGGCUCCCUCCUGAUGACAGCUGGGCACAUCCAGCCCUUUUCUGUAACAGCUUCUUGUGAUAGAGUUGGGAUCAGCCCAGUGGUCAGGCCCAGAUGAGACCUUUCUGCAAAGGUACUCUAUACCAGCAGGGCUUUGAGAUUGGGAAGGGCAAUAUCUGGGCGCAGGAGCAAAGCAAAGUGUCAUUUGAUGCAUCUGAGAUCUCACAGGGCAUUUUCCCCUUCCUUGGAAGUCUCUUUGGUGAGAAUCUCAGCAGUAAAAAAAGUGCCUUUAGGAGAAGCCCUCCCAUGGGCAUGCUCUGUUUCUCAUGCUCUUGAAAAUCUGAUUCAAGCUUUAGAUAAGGAGGAUGAGUUGCUGGCUGCAAAGGUGCAGCUGUUUUGCUGUGUUAUCAACACGUGUCCCAUGGUACAUGCCAGGGUGUUGCAGGACAGUGCUUUGGUCCCUCACACCCAGCCUUGACUUUGUCACACCAGUCCCUGUUGAAUCAGUGCCUGGUAUUUGUUCUCAGGACCGCUCUGGCUCAGGCCAAGGGCACCUCAUGCCUCUAUGCAAAAGGUGGUGCUUUCAGGUUUUAUCUUACAAAUAAUGCAGCCCUUUCAAAUUCACCUUUCUUUUCUUAUGUGUUCUUGACAGAAGUAGGAUUUUAAAUAUUUCAUAGCAUUCUUCUUUCUUCUUCCUUUUUGCCAGAUGCCUUGAAAACAUUGUCAGAUUACGAUCUGGGGGGGAUCAGGAUCAGUUUCCUUUCCUUCUUGAGUGCAUGGUGUAGGUUUGCAAUGAGGGUUUCAUCUUUUUCUCUUUUUUUUUUCUUUUUUUAGUCUUACAGAACAGAUGCCUUCAUUUUAUGCAGAGAAAAAUUGUCUAUGAUCAGAGCUAAUCCAGGAUGGCAGGACUGGACCCCCACAGUGAAAGCUAGAAAAGUGAUUGCAAAAGUAUUCUGUUUCUCCUUAUUAAUUGCACAGGAAGUUUCCACCAAAGGCUCAUGUAGCCCAACUGGCCUAUGUAAUAAGUAGCAGGGCCUGUAAUUACAGUCUGUCUUCUGAUCCUAUCUGUGCUCUGACUUUCUAGGCACUGCAGUUCUAUUUACAUCUGGCUCUCUGUCACCAUUUUAAAUUUUUGAUUGGUCACUAAGGGAAGGAGAGCAUGAGCCCUGAGAGGUGCAGUGAGUAUAAACAAGGGAAUCUUCCUGCCUAUCAGGUAUCCACCUGAUUUGGGACACAGAGCAUGAGGAACAGCCGUGCAGCAGAGGAAGUGGGCUGCAUGCCAACUGGGUAUCUUUCAAGACCUCAGAGUUCUUUAUGGGACUGGAAAUUUGAACCUUUUACAGGUCUUAACUGGUGUACUCUCCUGUGAGAUAGCUCAUCAGUAUUUCUUUCCUCUGAGCUGUUCCUAAAGGAUUUAACCUUUUUUCUCUAUAAGAUUCAAGGUUUUAUGGUUGCAAAGAGAUCCUUCCCCAUAUGGCAUGAGGAGGGAGAUGGCUGUUGGCAUCGAGCAGAAAGCUGUGUUACAAAUCCUGGUAUCAAUGUGGAAAACAAGAGUAACUUGAGUGGGAGGGGAAAGGCAGUGAUUUACACGUGGUUCAGUACCAGAUUCACCAGCUCUGAGCACCAGCAAGCACAGCCUCAAGCAGAUGAACCCCCUGGGGUGCCAGUUCUGAGACCUGUUCAAGAGAAAAAUGGGCUCCUCAUGGGAGUGUUUGGUGCUGGUCACUUUGCAGUAAUCUCUUGUCUCUUUGGAAACAUGCACUAAACUUUGGGUAAAGCUACAGAAUGGUGCCCCCCAUACUUUUUCCUCAAGGCAGACUCCCAGUGUUAUGUUUGAUCAAGAGGAAUGAAAGCCAUUAGGCAAAUACAGCACUCUGCAAUAAAACCCAUUAACAAUCUACUAUAGAUACUUUUAAUGUCCAUUAAACUGUUAAACAAAUUGUCCCUUUUGUACAGCCUGCACUGUUAUUUCAUUAUUUUCAACCUGACUUCUGUUUAAAAAAUACCCCUCUUUUUUUUUUUUUUUUUUUGUAACUCUGCUUCUAAGAAAGUUGAUGCUUUAAAGGGAAAAAAAAACUUAGUUUCAAACAUGCGUUUUUCAGGCUUCUAAAUUAAUAAUUUCUACACCUGACCCAGUUCCUGCAGCUGCCAAAAAAGAAAAGAGAAAGCUAUUUAAAUUUCUCAUAGAACCAUUUAUCUCUUAAAAUAUGCCAAGGCAAUUUGAGGUGGGGGUGGAGACUCAGCUAUUUAUCUCAGCAGCUUGAUUUUUCUCUUUAUGUUUCUAACUGUCAGGGGGAAAAAACCGGUAGGAAGCUAUUCUUGGGCUAUUAUUGAUGUAUUGUGUUGCCAUUAUGCAGGAUGUCUGCUUUGCUAUAUACGGAAGGACAUUAAUAAUAGCCAUCUCCCCUGCCCCCACCCUCGGUUCCUCUUUGGGAAGAUAUGGUUUAACUGGAGCAUCUGCUGUGUUCAAAUUGCUGCUCCUUCCUCCCCUUCCCCCAGUUCAUUCCUAAACUAGUUUUAGGAACCAGGGCUAAAGAAAUAAGGAUACAUUAUUUUUGCCAUUUUUCUGCCUACUUCUGUGGUUGCUCCAGGCAAAUAAUUUCCAUACCCUGUACCUGUCUACCCUUUUCCUUCCCAUGUAUUGCCCCUGCUUUCAUUUUAAGUUCAUCAGUGCAAAGAAAAAAACCCUUUCUUGCUCUCUUUUUCUCACAAAGGCAGGCUGGCAGAACAGGCUCAGCCACAGAUUUGUUAUUACCCAGCAUUUCAUGUCCACAAACAUUGGUUUCAUUAUUUCCAAUUAGCAGGAAAAUGAAUUCCCAUUCCCGUCCCUCCUACCCCAGGUUUAAAACAUUGUUAUGAGACUUUAAAAGGUCUGUCUACUUGUUUAAAGACUUGGAUGCUUGUUUUAUUUUUGGAAGCAGAGUGUACAGUGAACAGGAAUAGUUUGAUGUUUAAAAAAUAGCCCCAGUUCAGCAUUCCCCUGAAGUGCGGGAAGUCCUGUCUCCGCAGGGCUGUGCCAGCAGCGUGACAGCCAGAGAGCAAAGCCAGCUUGAAAAGGAAAAGAAACUGGCCUGCCCCACUUCAUCUGUGAAAAGAGAGAGGUGAAAAUAAUAAUGUGGCAAGAAAAUAAAGGGCAGAAUUGCUCUGAUUUUUUAUUUUAAUGGCUGUUCCUAUGUCUCCUGCUGAUUUUGUUCCAUAGUAGUUUUGCUUAUUCAGCAUUUUUUAUAAUCAGGACCAUGUGCAUUUUCAAGGUAUCAUUAUUUUUACUUUCAUUUGUUGAGUUGUAGUCUUGCCCUGGUCCCCAUAGGGUCUGGAGCCACUUUGGCAUGGGCACUGAAUGAAAACAGUAGCUCUGUCUAGGAGUGCUUACCUAGAAUUUGGAACCAGCAAAUGCAAUAAGAAUAUUUUCUAGUCUGAUAUAGAGAAGUUUUCAGAAUAGGAAUUCUACAUGGCAGGAAUGCCUUCACUGGGGGAAAUGCUUAGAUUUCAAAAUGAAAGGGAGAUGGCCAUUCAGUGUAGUUUCUCGUUGCUUUUAUCAUCUUCCUUGGUGGCAUACAAGGAGAAAAAUGACACCCUCUGUUCUCUAAACUAAGCCAGAGCCCAGCAUCUUCUCUGCAGACAUUUGCUCCAGCUCCAGCUUUCCAUACUGCUGCAGCAUGGGAGUGAGGAAGGCCUGCUAAGGGAGAAAGGUCAGCCUCAUCCUCUCCACAGCCAGCGCUGCUCCUCUGGUGAGUCUGUGUCCAGCCUAGGGCUUGAUCCUGCCUUCCUAGUGUGAGUGUUUUGCCAGAAUCAGCUGUUUUCUCUUUGCUGUUAGCUAUGGGAUUGUGUGCAAUGAUGAGGAUUUGCAGGGAGGGAAGAGAAGAUCCUGUUCCAAUUAGGCUGCCUUUGUGCUAAUGUUUCAGGGCUGCAUGAGAUAAGAGCAGUUUGCACUGAAAUGCACAGCCGGAGGUUGUAGUUUGAGUUUCAACUGUGUUGAGAUGGUACCCAUUGAAAAUCCAAACUGGAGCUCUUUUUUGCAUCUGCCAGUGCUUUACUGACAGCUCUGUGUGGGCUGGAAACCCAUUUCAGUUUUGCAAAUGGACAUUUUGUGCCUUGUCCCCCAAGUGUGAUCUAGUUCUUUGCUUUAUCCACCUAAAAAGGAGUAUUUCUAAUGUGCCUAAGUAGCUAAGCUCCUGACAAGCAUCUCAACAGAACAACCAGCAAGGUGACAAGUAGGCUACUUACAGAGCUGCCUUUACAAAAAAUAAGUAAAGUAUUCCACUUUCUUCACUAGAGACCUGCUGUGCUCCUUUAUGGGCAGCAGAGAGAUGGGAGCUAGAAGGGUGAUGGAGAAGAGAAGCAAGAGGCUAAUGCUGAGCAUCUGUUCUCCAUGGGGAUAAGCAAAGCAAUGGCUCAUCCCAUUAGUGCGGCUUGUCUUGCUUUACACACCCGGUUGUCUGGUGGGCAACUGUUCUGUAGCAGAGGUACUUGGGUAUAUCUCCUCAAACAUCUCUUCCUGGUCAGAACUCUAGAGUCAUUCAUACCUGAAGAAUUUAUUGCCUUAAAUUAUUGCCUUGUCUCUGAUGAAAUCUACAUCACUCAUUUUUUAUAUAAUGCUAGAAGAGAAAAUCUGAAGGUGAACCAAAGUUUGAUUGGUGCUACUGUAUUAAAAAGGCUGGUAUGCUCUCAUUUUCAAUCCUCAAAAUAAUGUUUUAGGAAAAUUUUCCCUGCUGUGAUCAGAUAGGAAAUGCAAGGAGUAUUGGAAAUGCAGUGAAGGGAAAGAUUUGAUGUUUUGAUGCUCUGAACUGCACCACUGUGACCACCUCUACUGUCUCUUUGGAAAGUGAGAACUGAGUAUUGGUAGAGGUAUGGGCAGAGCCAAGUAAUGGCUGGACUUUCUCUCAUAGUCUUGCUAGAAAGGAUCUGCCUUGGUGAGAGAUCAGCUUCCUUAAUGGUCCUAUACUUUUCCAUGCCACAGCUUGUGUUUUAGACAGUCAGAGAGCCUGGAAAGCAGCCUCCAGUGCCUUCCCUCUAGUUAGUCAAAUGAGAGACACUGAGUACUAAUUCUGCAUUUAUUGAAGUCACUUUCCAGAAGAGAACAAACAGCAGAGGUUUGUCAAGUUUCAGAGCCCAGUCUCCCACACUGGCUUUACCUGUGGGCAGAUACAAGGGGGUCUGAACCACACAUAGGUCAUUCCAGAAGGAUUCCUCUUGGCUACAUGGAGAACCCCCUAAAGGCUGGGAGAAUGAUUCAGCUCUUUUAGACUGCAAGGAGGAAGUGUCCCCAGGAAUGUAUUUGCCCUAUGUAGCUGCUAUGCUUUGGCCUCUCCCUGCCAGCUGCAGACCUGUGUGCUCCGAGGGCUCACCGGGGAUGAUCUGUACUGGAUGUGCAGUAGUUCACAGUGGUUUGAGGUGGUGUUUCAGCUUCAGGGUGGUUGUUGGUUUAGCCCAUGAGAUGGAGAAGGUUUUGCAUUGUUGCCUUUGUUGCAGUUGGGAGGCAGUGUGACUGGCCACUCUUCUCCUUGUCCAGUGUCAGCAGACAGGCUCUCAGUGGUGUGGGCAGCAUCUUCCUUUUGAAUGUGAAUCACUAGCCUAGGGAUCUGGGCAGGGGGAAGCACAAGGAAGCACUUCUUAUAUGAGGAAUGCUUCUGCUGCACACGCCAUGCCCUCGGAUCCUAAUGAAGUAACAUUACUUGAGCUUUUAGGAGUGGUCUCCUGUCUGUCAGAACUUGGGGGUACAUUUUACACCUUGCUGAACAAAAGUACUACCCAAGUCUGUGGGGGGCCUAAUCCUGCUGCCAUUGGAAUUUUCCGGAUUCCUGUGACUUGCUGAGUGCACCUCCUGUGAGCUGCUGAGUAGCCUCCCUUGUCACUGAACCCAUCAGGCCGCUUGUCUCCCUCACUGACUACUUCCACAGGGCUUUGAGGGCACUCAGGAAAUGCAACCAGCACCUUACAGGUUCGAUCUGCUAAGCAAUAAAUGAAGUUUUUUCUCUGGUAACUUGUGUGCGUGAAUUGAAAAUCAUUUAUUCCAAUUUGUUCUGAGGACAGAUGCAGCAUAUACACAUUUUCUAUAUUUAUAAAUAUAUAUAGAUAUAUAUAUUUUGUUCUCAGCUAGUUACCUCUUCUAAACUGCAAUUUUCAGAGCAACCGGCAUAUAUUUUUUAUUCAACACGUAAAAUGACUUUUUACAGUAAGAGAAUGAAAGCUGUUUUAAGCAUGUGUUUUCUGUAUUUUUAUUAUGCAUUAUCCAAUUAUAUUGAGAUGUAUUUUCCUCUUUGCUCUGCUCUUUCAGUUGUUAUCCUUUUUAUCAGUUAUGCUUUUCAAAUGUUUUGUAAGGGAAAAUAAAUAUGCAAAAUCGCCAGAUGCCUUUUCUCUUUGCAGAAGAAGUAUCACAAAUGCUUUUUUAUUACAUUUUACCAAUCCAAUAAAGUUCUUAUAAAUUUCA